AUGAUUGUUCUGGGAUACACGGUUCCGCAUCCAUACCUGAAUACAAACUUUACCCAAAUUGUUGUCAAUCAUUUGAUGCUUGAUGUAAACAUCAAUGCGAAAGCUUUUUCUAUUCCUUCACCCUACAAUGAAAACGCGAUUGUUUUGUUCGAUCUGCUUGACCUUUCGUCGGAGAUUUGGAAACUCUCUUAUCUAGUUGUUUACUCGCCUCGUUUAUCCGGCCCUGAUGCUCUCCGCGUCGCUAUUAAGAGCGGACCCAAUCGCCUCACGACUUCAUCGCUUCCUCUACAUCCUGAGUUCCUUGGAUUUCGCUUACCGGCGGACGCUCACGAACUCUUUGCUUCCUACGAAAAUCAACACAAUAAGCUUUAUG